AUGACGACUUCUUCAUCUUCUUCUUCGAUGGUUUUUGUCACAUUAAUUAUCGUUUCGCUGUUAGUGGAGAGUUCUUCAGCUCAACUCUCGACGAACUUCUACUCCAAGACUUGUCCCAAUGUGCUUAGUACUGUGAAAUCGGAGGUACAAUCUUCUGUUUCAAAGGAAAAGCGAAUGGGUGCUUCUCUGCUUCGUCUCUUCUUCCAUGACUGCUUUGUCCAAGGGUGCGAUGGGUCAAUACUCCUUGAUGAUACUUCGUCUUUCAGAGGGGAACAAACUGCUGGUCCAAACAACAACUCUAUCAGGGGACUAAAUGUGAUUGACCAAAUCAAGUCUAAGGUGGAGAAUGUGUGCCCUGGUGUGGUGUCAUGCGCUGAUAUCGUAGCUCUUGCCGCUCGUGAUUCUGUUGUCUUCCUUGGAGGGCCUAGUUGGGAUGUGAAACUUGGAAGAAGGGAUUCGAGAACAGCUAGCUUUUCUGCUGCCAAUAGUGGCCAAAUUCCUCCUCCCACUUCUACCCUUGCCAACCUCAUCAACAGGUUCCAAGCAAAAGGCCUGUCCACCAAUGAUAUGGUUGCUCUAUCAGGAGCACACACAAUUGGGCAAGCAAGGUGCACCACAUUCAGAAGUCGUGUAUACAACGACACCAAUAUAGAUGGUUCCUUCGCUAAGACAAGGCAGGGGAACUGCCCAAUAUCGUUAAACUCUGGAGACAACAAUUUGGCACCUUUAGACCUUCAAAGUCCCACUUUUUUUGACGCCAAGUAUUACCAGAACCUUGUCAACAACAAGGGUCUCCUCCACUCCGAUCAAGUGCUCCACAACGGUGGAUCGACCGAUUCUCUAGUUGAAACAUACAGCAAAAAUCUUGAUACUUUCAACUCUGAUUUUGCUGCUGCAAUGAUCAGGAUGGGUGAUAUUAGUCCUCUCACUGGGUCCAAUGGUGAAAUAAGGAAGAUGUGUGGGAAGGUGAAUUGA